AUGUCGAAGAAGACGACUGCCAACAGGGCAGCCACGGAGACCAUCACAGCAACCCAAACCUCCACGAUAACCAUCACGACUGGUAUCACGGCAAUCCUUCCCACGAAAACGAGAACGAGCACUGUUACUGUCACUGCCGCUGCAACCCCCGCCCCGUCGGCUCAGCCAGAUGACACCCAGUACCCUUUGACGUCCCAUGGAACGCAGUCCGACAUCGACUGGCUCUCAAAUACCAUUUUCGCCCCAAUCACCGCGCAGAUCCUGACGCCACCCAAGAGAGUUGUAAACGGUUACUUCGAUCACAACUACUGCGGAAGCUCCCUGCGUCCUUUCGACUUCACCAAGAGCAAGCCCAUGAAUCCUACGGAGCUGCAGCACAAGAUCGGAACCAAGAUGCUGCCGAUAAGGGAGGGACGUUACGUCGGGGACAGACACUUCGAUAUUAACAUCGACCUCAGAAUUGGAGCGGAGAAGGCCAAGGAGCACAAGCAGAAGGUCUGCGGCAUGCUUCGUAAGUCUGGGGGCGGAUUCAUCCUGCGCAAGAUUGGAGGAAGGGAGGGCUACUCGUACCAAGCCAUUCUUGACGACAACGCAAUCGUGGAGAUUGCAAAGAUGGAGGAGGUUUCUGCGGUCUUCCACCACCAAGUCCCGCGGGACCAUUUCCGUAGCAAGCAGCAGCCUUGGUGA